AGAAAAUAAUAUAUUGAACAUUAUGGCAAUUCUAAAGCUUGUUUUCCUACUUUUCUUCUUCCAUCAUGCCAAUGCACAAACACUAUCCACCAAUUUCCACAGCUACUCGUGCCCUAAUUUGGAGGGUAUAGUAAGCCAAACAACAUCAAAUUUUAUCUCAACCACCCCUUCGCUUGCUCCGGCCCUACUCCGAUUGCACUUCCACGAUUGUUUCGUUCGAGGCUGUGAUGGGUCCGUACUUCUAAACUCAACGAGGGGUAACACAGCCGAGAAGGAUGCAUUCCCUAACCUAAGCCUUAGAGGCUUCCAAGUAGUCGAGGCAGCGAAGGCUGCAGUCGAGAAACAGUGCCCACGGAUGGUGUCAUGUGCCGACAUCUUGGCCUUAGUCGCUAGAGAUGCAGUUUUGCAAAUCAAAGGACCAUAUUGGCCAGUGCCCUUGGGACGAAGAGAUGGAAUUGUGUCCAAUGCCAAUGAAGCAUUGGCUAAUCUUCCACCACCAUUUUUCAAUAUCAGUCAACUAAUUACUUCAUUUGCUUCAAAAGGGUUAAGUGUGAAAGACCUUGUUGUUUUAUCAGGAGGCCACACGAUCGGAGUGUCCUUCUGCUCGAGCUUCGCCACCCGCAUCUACAACUUCACGGGGCGGAAUGACGCGGACCCCACCAUGGACCCCGCCUACGUGGCCGCGCUGCGGCGCGCGUGCCCUCCGGCCGACGUCACCACCACCGUCGCCAUGGAUCCCGGCAGCGCCCGGGAUUUCGACGUCGAUUACUACUCGAUCGUGAAACAGAGAAGGGGGCUUUUCCAGACCGACGCAGCUCUCCUCGACCACAGCGCGACGAAUUCAUACGUGCAGCAGCAUUCCACCGCGGCGGGAUCGAAGAGUUUCUUCGACGACUUCGCGGCGUCGAUGGUCAAAAUGGGGCGGAUCGGCGUGUUGACCGGCCGCGCCGGUCAGAUCAGGAAGAUAUGCUCUGUUGUUAAUUAGCUCGCUUUGUGGAAUUUUGGGAUUUUGUUUUUUUUUUGUGGUGUUGGUUUUUGUUUGCUGGAGAUUAAUUAAUUUGAUGGUUUGUGACAUUUAAUUUGGGCUUUUUGAGUGUGUAAUUGUUUUGAGGUGUGUAAUAAAGAUUAAGUUAAUAAAAUGAAUGAAAAAUUUA